AGCAUCGUCGAAGAGGACGAUCCGCUUCUCAACGAAGCAUCGUUGGCUUUGGACAAUCAUCCUUUGGCUGAUUUAACUGAUGAUUCUCUCGGUCUAAACGACACUCUAGGACUUGAGCAUGAUUUUACUUCAGAAUUACUCGGAGGUAGUCUCUUGGAAAGCACCGGUGUAGAAGGUCUGCUUAGCAACGAUACUCUGGGCUUGCCCGACGAAUUUAAUCUCGAAGAGGCGCUUCAGCUCGUUGGCCUCGAUGAGGCUCAAUCAGAGGAAACGAAGCCGGAAGUGAAGAAGAAGAAGAAGAAAGAAGAUACCACCGAGGACUCCGCAAGUGCAGAGGGCGACGCGGCUAUUACCGCCUCGAGUAACGCCGAGGUCGCGAAGUCAUCUUCUAGGUGCGAGGAUCCCGAGACCGGCGACAUGAUUCACACACCGCAGUUUCAUCAUCCCCAUCAUCCACACCACCGCUCCUUCCAGGGUCGCAUGCCGUUCAUGCGAGCGAUGAGUAUGGAACAGCGGUGGCAAGAUCUCGCGUCUCUUUUAUCCCUGCCAGGAGCACCGGACCACUUCGCACAUCCAGCGCAUCCUGGGUAUCCAGGACACGGUAUAAGUCACAGUCAUUACGAGGCGCAACGUAACGUAUUGCUCCAUAAUCCUACCUUAGCGCCUCCGGUCGGGGAUCUCAAUUCAACGGGACCUUACCACAAUGUGGGUGGGACGUCGAAUUUGGGUUCAGCUGUGGCAACAUCGAUGAAUUUGACAAACAGUAGUGAGCCAAUGGGUGCAGAGAGCGGAGCAAGUUACAAGUCUGAACCUAACGAUAUGAUGUAUUAUCAUACCCCGACGACAGAUUCCAUCAACCAAACAACUGACGGAUUUCUUUCGUCUCUACUCAAUGAUGAGGACUUGCACCUAAUGGACAUGGCCAUGAACGACGGCAUGUAUACCAUGCGUAUGUUGGACAAUGGUAGCAACAAUGCAUCCGGACCCACCGGUGCAACGGCUUUAUCAGGUGUCCAAACGACUGGCGGCACAACUUCGACGGCUACGGGUGUUACAACUUUACCUGGUGUAGCCGACGAAAGGAUGGAUGCUUCAAGCGAUAGUGCUGUCAGUAGUAUGGGUAGCGAACGCGUACCAUCUUUGUCGGACGGCGAAUGGAUGGAAACUGGAUCCAAUUCCAGCCAUACUCAAGCCGACUCCCAUUACACUAUGGAUUAUGCGAGCAAAUAUCGCAUGCCAUACGACUGCAGCUACUCAGUGUCCGCAAGAAAUGCCGGCUCGCCAAGAUGCCAAACCGAACGAGCAGUACCGCCAGUCGCACAGAAGAAACAUCAAAUGUUCGCCAAGCGAUAUUUUCAGGAACAAGGCACUUGCUCACCUUUAGGGGCUACCGCACACCCAACCACUCCGAUGAAAUAUGACUAUGAUACGCAUACAGUCGGAGCAGGUGCACCGGGAAAUACAUAUUCUGGACCAAUCGAGGGUGCGACCGGGCCGCAGCAAGAAAUUAAAUACAGUUGUAGCGUGGAUUUCAGCCGUCAUCAAUCCGGACGAUCUGUAAUAGAACAUGUUCAUCAUAAUCACACUUAUCAUUUACCUGCUGAGAGCUCAGGAUCUCUACAACGUCCCAUUUCUCGUGACAAGAAAGUCCGCAAAAGCGAUGCGGAGGAACAUCUAACGAGAGAUGAGAAAAGAGCAAGAGCAUUGAGUGUACCGAUUGCAGUCAGUGAUAUCAUCAACCUUCCUAUGGAUGAGUUUAACGAACGUCUCAGUAAAUAUGACCUCAGUGAAGCACAACUGUCUUUAAUACGCGAUAUUAGAAGACGAGGAAAAAACAAGGUUGCCGCACAGAAUUGUCGCAAACGCAAAUUGGAUCAAAUCAUGAAUUUAGCUGACGAAGUGAAAGAGAUGCGAGAUCGUAAACUGAGGCUCGUUCGCGAGCGCGAGUUCAUGAUCGUUGAGAGACAGCGGGUAAAAGAUAAAUUUAGUCAACUUUACCGUCAUGUUUUUCAGUCUUUACGGGAUCCAGAUGGUAAUCAGUACCAUCCAUACGAAUACAGUCUUCAACAGUCUGCAGAUGGGAACGUUUUGUUAGUUCCCAGAAAUCAGACGAAUCCGCACCAGUCACGACAGUCUUCGAUGGAUCCGAAGACCAAACCUGAUCCUGAGCACAAGGAAUGAACUGCUAAAGGAUCGUAUGCCAAUGUGAUUGAUUAUUGAAAAACUUCUGUUUUUCUUAGGCAGCGCGUCCAAAGCGUAAUGAAAGCAAACACGGUGCUGGGGAGCGAAUAUCGUACGCAUAAUUAUAGAUUUAUUGCGUGAAAAAAUAGAGUUCAUGAUCUUAAAUGGACUUGAUAUACCUCGCACUGUGUCCAAAUAAACAACGAAAAUUCGAGGAUACCUCCUUAUUAAAAAUUGCGACUUCUAUGCGGUUUCUGACAGUUGACUUUUUAACAUAUUUAGAGAUUUUAGUAGGAAGAAAGAUAGGAUUUAAUAAUCCUGGUAUGAUUUUUGUGUGCAUGGGUGAUGCUACAGUUUUCAAUUACUUUGAUUACCCGUGUUAAUACAUUUUUUUCAUCUUUAAAAAUCAUAGCUUCAUGCAUUAUCUUUCCAUUUCCAUAAUCAAAAAUUUUUAUAUUACAGAAAGGAGAGUA